AUGGUGAAGAAAGAUCCCAAGCAAAUGCCCGAUGAAAUAACCAAGAGAAUGCAGGUUGAAGCAAAUUCCUUAUACCUAAAGGAAGAAUUUGGAGACUUAUCCUUUUGGCCAAAUGAAGCAGGUCGCUUUAACACUACUCAUCUGGAGGAUGGUACAUCAGUUGAGGUGAUGGGAGAUAUGGCCAGCACAUCUAGCCAAGAGCAGCAGCAUUCUGUACAAUCCUUCUCAUAUAGCACUACUCCAACUUUGACCAAGUCAACACCUGGUGCCACUCCUCUGUUUGGUGGUAGAAGACGGAAAAAUGCUGUGAUAGUUAAGAUAAUCCAUGCUCAGAUGUCAUUAAGAAAUGAAAAAAACAAUCCAACCUUUCUAGAGAUAGGGCAAACGUACAUAAAUAUAAACGAAGAAAAUGCAAAUGUCAAUUUUCUAACAACGAAAGCAAAAGAAUCAUUCCAUGAUGAAGCAAUUGAAUUGGUCACCAGCAAUGGCUUAAAAAUCAUGGACAAUGAGGGAACAAGAGGUUUGAGCUUUUGGAAAUGUGCAAGUAGAAAGAUAUAUGCCGUGAAGGCAAAUCCCAGAGGUAUUAAAGGAGUGAAUAAAUCAAAGGAGAAGAAGAUUACUUCCCAUUAUGUUUCGGAUGAUAGUGAUGAUGAAUUUGUAUCCAAGAAUAAGAAAGCAAAAUUUGUCACCAGCACUGAUUUUGAACAACUAAAGUCACAAUUACAUGAGAUGAAAGGGAUGAUAAAUGAUAUACUUCAAGUUAACCAGUCGGUUUCUUUGCCAGUGGGGCUUGUGAAGCUUGUUCGUGAUGCCUUCAUGUGUAAAAUUUGCCAUGAAACACCCAUAAAACCACCAGUUAUAGCAACAAAGUGUUGCUGUACUCUGCUUGGGUGUGAGGUCUGUGUUAACACAUGGUACAAUGGAACUGACAGUUUAAGUAAGAAAUGUCCAUAUUGUAACGAGCCACGAGGGUAUGCUUCAACAUACCAGUUUAAGGGUCUUGACGAGUUCUUGGCUGCUCUAGGAAAUAUGAUCAAGGGUGCAGACAAUGAUGUUGAAUAA